GAGGGAGAGGCGCCGGGCGAGACGGGUCCGCGCGUCCUCGGGGCUCUUCCAAGCCGCGAAGCCGGGAGCCUGCAGACUUCUCCCGCGCAAGGCUCGCAGCUAAACGCCUUCCCGAGAGCCAGGGGCGCACGCCUGCAUCUGAAAAGCAGAGAGCGCUCUCUUCCCGCAGCCUUUCGGAAACAGCACUUGGGUGGCUGGCGGCAUGAGUCCGGCAAGGCGCUGGGGCAGACCCUUGCUUUUCCCUUUGCAGCUCUUCAGCCUCUGCUGGGUGCUCUCGGUGGCCCAGAGCAAAACAGUCCGCUACAGCACCUUUGAGGAAGAUGCUCCCGGCACGGUCAUUGGGACGCUGGCUGAGGACUUGCACAUGAAAGUGUCCGGAGACACGAGCUUCCGCCUGAUGAAGCAGUUCAACAGCUCUCUGCUCCGGGUGCGCGAGGGCGACGGACAGCUGACCGUCGGGGACGCAGGCCUCGACCGAGAGCGGCUGUGUGGUCAGGCCCCACAGUGCGUGUUGGCCUUCGACGUGGUCAGCUUCUCCCAGGAGCAGUUCCGGCUGGUGCACGUGGAGGUAGAGGUGAGGGACGUCAACGACCACGCGCCCCACUUCCCUCGUGCCCAGAUCCCUGUGGAGGUGUCCGAGGGUGCGGCAGUAGGCACGCGCAUCCCCCUGGAGGUGCCGGUGGAUGAGGACGUGGGUGCCAAUGGGCUGCAGAGCGUGCGCCUCGCGGAGCCCCACAGCCCCUUCCGCGUGGAGCUGCAGACGCGCGCGGAUGGCGCCCAGUGCGCCGAUCUGGUGCUCCUGCAAGAGCUGGACCGCGAAAGCCAAGCCGCCUACAGCCUGGAACUGGUGGCCCAAGACGGCGGCCGCCCGCCACGAUCUGCCACAGCCGCCCUCAGUGUACGAGUGCUAGACGCCAAUGACCACAGCCCGGCCUUCCCCCAGGGCGCCGUAGCCGAGGUGGAAUUGGCAGAGGACGCGCCCGUGGGCUCGCUGCUGCUGGACUUGGACGCGGCCGACCCAGACGAGGGCCCCAAUGGUGACGUGGUGUUCUCUUUUGGCGCCCGCACCCCGCCCGAGGCCCGUCGUCUCUUUCGGCUGGAUCCGCGCUCCGGCCGCCUUACCUUAGCCGGGCCGGUGGACUACGAGCGCCAGGACACCUAUGAGCUGGACGUGCGGGCCCAAGACCGUGGCCCAGGGCCGCGCGCCUCCACCUGCAAGGUCAUCGUGCGCAUCCGCGACGUCAACGACAACCCACCGGACAUCACCAUCACCCCGCUGGCCGCGCCGGGUGUGCCACCGGCCUCGGCUUUCACUGCCGCCGCCGCCCUCGGGGGAGCGGACGCAACCUCACCGGCCGGGCCCGGGACGCCGGAGGCCGGAACCACGUCUCUGGUGCCGGAGGGGGCGGCGCGCGAGAGCCUGGUGGCUCUGGUCAGCACCUCGGACAAGGACUCGGGGGCCAACGGGCAGGUGCGCUGCGCCCUCUACGGGCAUGAGCACUUCCGGCUGCAGCCAGCCUACGCGGGCAGCUAUCUGGUGGUGACCGCGGCAUCGCUAGAUCGCGAACGCAUCGCCGAGUACAACCUGACGCUGGUGGCUGAGGACCGCGGCUCGCCCCCGCUGCGCACGGUGAGGCCCUAUACGGUGCGCGUGGGCGACGAGAACGACAACGCGCCUGUCUUCACGCGGCCUGUCUACGAGGUCUCGGUGCGCGAGAACAAUCCUCCCGGCGCCUACUUGGCUACCGUGGCCGCCCGAGACCCGGACCUAGGCCGCAAUGGUCAAGUCACCUACAGGCUGCUGGACGCAGAAGUGGGCCGCGCGGGAGGCGCCGUGUCGACCUACGUCUCAGUGGACCCGGCUACCGGGGCCAUCUACGCCCUGCGCAGCUUCGACUAUGAGACACUGCGCCAGCUCGACGUGCGCAUCCAAGCAAGUGACGGCGGUUCCCCUCAGCUUUCCAGCAGCGCCCUGGUGCAAGUACGGGUGCUGGACCAGAAUGACCACGCGCCAGUCCUGGUUCUUCCUGUGCCGGCCAACGGCACUCUAGAAGUGGCCGUCCCUGGGCGCACCGCCAGGGACACGGCUGUAGCGCGCGUGCAGGCCCGGGAUGCAGACGAGGGCGCCAAUGGAGAACUGGCAUUCGACCUGCAGCAGCAGGAGCCCCGCGAAGCCUUCGCCAUAGGCCGCCGCACGGGGGAGAUCGUGCUCACCGGCGACCUCUCGCAGGAACCCCCUGGCAGCGUAUUCCGGGCGCUACUGGUCAUAUCCGACGGCGGCCGCCCCCCUCUCGCCACCACCGCAACUGUUAGUUUCGUGGUAACCGCGGGCGGCGGGCGCGGGCCCGCUGCACCUGCCAAUGCGGGCACCCCGGAGCGCUCCAGCCCGCCAGGCUCUCGCCUCGGGGCGUCGGGGCCGGCACUGCAAUGGGACACGCCGCUGAUCGUGAUCAUCGUGUUGGCCGGGAGCUGCACGCUGCUGCUGGCCGCCAUCAUCGCCAUCGCCACCACCUGCAACCGCCGCAAGAAGGAGGUGCGCAAAGGGGGGGCCCUCCGGGAAGAGCGGCCCGGGGCGGCGGGCGGCGGAGCCUCAGCUCCCGGCUCCCCGGAGGAGGCCGCCCGGGGAGCCGGGCCCAGGCCCAACAUGUUCGACGUGCUCACCUUCCCUGGCAGCGGCAAAGCGCCCUUUGGCAGCCCCGCGGCCGACGCGCCCCCGCCCGCGGUCGCCGCGGCCGAAGUGCCGGGCUCGGAGGGCGGCAGCGCCACGGGGGAAAGCGCCUGUCACUUGGAGGGGCAGCAGCGGCUCCGCGGCGCGCACGCCGAGCCCUACGGUGCGUCUCCUGGCUUCGGCAAGGAGUCGGCGCCCCCAGUGGCCGUCUGGAAGGGACACUCCUUCAACACCAUCUCCGGCCGAGAAGCCGAGAAGUUCAGCGGCAAAGACAGCGGCAAAGGGGACAGUGAUUUCAACGACAGCGAUUCCGACAUCAGCGGGGACGCUCUGAAAAAGGAUCUCAUCAACCACAUGCAGAGUGGACUGUGGGCGUGCACAGCCGAGUGUAAGAUCCUGGGCCAUUCGGACCGCUGCUGGAGCCCGUCCUGUGGUGGGCCCAACGCACAGCCCUCACUGCAGCCUCCAGCGCAGAUGUCAACCUUCUGUAAGAGCACGUCGUUGCCGCGGGAUCCCCUGCGCAGGGACAACUUCUACCAGGCCCAGCUGCCCAAGACUGUGGGGCUGCAGAGCGUCUACGAAAAAGUGCUGCACCGAGAUUAUGACAGGACAGUCACUCUGCUUUCCCCGCCCCGUCCAGGGAGGCUCCCAGACCUGCAGGAGAUCGGGGUGCCCCUUUACCCAUCCCCCCCAGGAAGGUACCUGUCCCCAAAGAAGGGAGCCGAUGAAAAUGUGUAACCCCACGCUGCAUGUCUUCACACAUCAUACAGGUCACUCUGAGAAGCCCCUAAGUUAUUGACUGGUUUCAGUGUUGUAAAUAUAAAUAUGCAAGAUGUGCCUUAAAAAUGAAGUUGUUGGAAGCUCUUUCCAAUCACAUUGGUACUGUUUGGUAUUUGCAAACAAAAAAAAAUGUAGUUAAUGUAAUUUUUAUGAAAUGUGUGCGUAUUUAAUUCUUAUCAUGCUACUGACUUUAAUUUCACUUGCAGCUUGCCAUUUUCUUAGUGUUUUUAACCUGUACAUUGUGUAAUGUAAUGUUUGUAUAUAAUGAAAGUUUGUUAUAUUUUUAUAUAAUAAAAGCUAAAGUGGAAGUUAUUGCCAAAGGAACCGUCUGUAAGACAAAAAAAAAUGUGUUGGAAUCAUUUAUUGGAAAAUUAUCACCUAAAACAACCUAGUGUUUGAGAAGUUUUGCCUUGCCAAGUAUACCUUGUAUAUCUUGACUCUGUGGUAGAUUUCAAGUUCAAUGUUAUUUAAUUACAUUUGGUUUUCUGUAAACCGUGUCACUUAUAAGCACAGUAAUAAAGGAUUUGUCAUGU